UAAUGGUGGGGAUUCAGUGCAUAUAUGCAGGGAAUGCUCUCUUCUCAAAGGCAGCAUUCCAGCAAGGGAUGAAGCCCCCCGUCUUCGAUGUUUACCGGCAGGCCAUUUGUUCUUUGAUCAUUGCACCUCUUGCCCUUUACAACAGGAUGAGAAAUUCAUUGAGCUUGUGGUUGGGAUUGAAGACCUCUGGAUUGAUAUUUGCAGCCGGUUUCUUCGGGAUAGUAGUCAAUCAAAACGCAUAUUUAGAAGGCCUGAACUUGUCCUCAGCUACCGUUGCCACUGCUAUGAUCUAUCUGGUUCCUGUGAUAACCUUCGUGAUGGCAACUGCAAUGGGACAGGAGGAGGUUGAUUUCCGGAGCAUGAAAAGUCUGGCGAAGAUUCUAGGGACAGUGGUCUGCGUUGGUGGAGCUGUUUCAAUGGCACUCCUCAAAGGCUCCAAGCUGCUGAACCGUGGAGAAUAUACUCUGACAAUAAUGUCUUUGUUGGGAUUGCAAAUACAGAGCUGGUUACUGGGUUGUUUGUUUCUCUUUGUGGCCUGCAUCUGCUGGUCGUCUUGGCUUAUCCUACUGCAAAUCUUCCCAUUUGCAUAUAAACAGAAGCCGAUAUCAACAAACUGUCCAGAUAACUUGAAUUCAACUACCUUGACAUGUGUCUUAGCAACACUACAAUCGGCAGCCGUCGCACUGAUCUUGGAGAGGGAAUGGUUAACUUGGAGAAUAAACACGGCUCUUGACCUAGGUGCUUGCUUGUUCACAGGCACUGGAGCUGUUUUCGUAUUCGUCGGUCAAGCCUGGUGCGUUUCAGAGAGGGGACCAGUGUUCACUGCAAUGUUCAAUCCUCUAAACACAGUCUUGGCAACAAUUUUCGCGUCCAUAUUUCUCCAUGAAGCACUAUACAUCGGAAGCUUGUUGGGUGCUGGGGCAGUCACUGUUGGGCUAUACAUAGUUCUGUGGGGGAAGGCCAACGAUCAGGAGGACACCAACCAUGAGCAAGAAGAGCCUCCAACCAGAUCAAUAUCGGCAUCUGAAGGUGUUCCCAUCCGAAGCAAUGAUGAUGAUCAUCAAGUCCUUGCAGAUGGAUCAUCCGAGAGGAUGAAGAAAGAGACAUCCUCUAAUUCUAUAAACCUGCAACAGCCGUUCUUGCUUAACAGCUCAUCAAAUCUUGAAGAGCCUUGACUAGGGAGUAAGGAACACGGGAUUCUACAGGCAAGUCCCCCGGGAAAAUGACUCGGUCCACUCGAUUCUCAAAAGAAACCAAUCGAUCUAACUAGUUUGCACCAGUAUUUGGUUUUUUUUUUUUGAAGUGUCCAUUACUUGGCGGCAUUUGUUAAUUCCAAGUACCUGGCCAAGUUCGGAUUUCUGAAAGUCGUGUA